UUAACCGAGUCACUGCUACCGAUAACUUCAUCUGUAAAUAGCUACGUGAUUUAUAUAUUUGACAUUUUAAAAUUUCUCUAUUUAGAUACCACCUGAAUUAAGCCAAAUGGAUCGAAAAUAUAAAGAUCCUAUCUUUGCUUUACUUUAUGGGAUAGCAUUUUCAAUAUUUCUUAUAUCAGGCAUCAUUAUAUUAUUUACAACCGAUACACAUGCUGUAGAAGACCUUGUAAAGGAAUCCACUUUUAAAGUAAUAAAAGACAGUGCAGGCAUGUUGGCUACGGUUAUUGCAACGUCUUUGGUUAUUGCUACCUUUUGGCUGAUCAUCUUACGGAUGUUUACAAAAGCACUUGUAUGGGGCACAGUGGUUUGUGUACCAGUAGCAUUAAGUGUCUGUUUUAUAUGGUCACUAGUAGAAUCAUUACAAUACAUAAACGUCUAUGAAGGAAAUGAAGAAUUUUCAUUUAGAGAUACUGGGCUUACUUGGAUAUCAAUUAUACCGCUUAUAUUAAACUUGAUUUACAUUAAAGUCGUAUAUGAUCGUAGACAUAGAAUUAACAAGACAAUUUCUGUUAUAGAACUUGCGUGCGACAUGAUUCGCUCAAAUCCAGCUAUCUUAAUUGUGCCAAUCUUACUACUUACCAUCUUUAUUUUAUUCACAAGCAUAUGGAUCACUUUUUUCAAUCGAUUAUGGCUCAUUGGUCGAUUGAGCAAUCCUUCUACUUUAUCAAAAGCCAUAUGGAUAGUCAAUAAUUAUGCCUAUUACUUAGCAGCAUUUUACAUAUUCUUUUACAUGUGGACAUCAAUGAUACUGAUUUACCUUGAAAAGUUUGCACUAUCUAGUAUGACCGCCCAAUGGUACUUUCACAGAAACGAAAUAUCUAGCACAUCAAUGAGUGUGUGGAGAGUUGCUAUUAUAAAGGGAAUGACCACAUCAUUUGGUACCAUUGCUUUAGCAGGAUUUCUCAUGUCCCUUGUUCACUUUUUACAGUUUGUGACAAGGCAAUUAAAGAAGUAUUCUAAAAAAACAAGGCCCUUGGUCAGCGUGGUUGAAUUUAUCCUGCGUCUUAUAGACCCUAUUGUUAGCAUAGUGAAUCAUUAUACAGUGGGUCUAGCUGGAAUCACGGGUGAGAACUUCUUUUCAGCAGCGAAAUCAGCUACAAAGAUCUUUAGAAGAAACUUGUUAAGCGGCAUCUUUGGAGACUUUUUGACACAAGUUAUUCUACACAUUGGUACAGCAGUGAUUGCACUAACAACAGGCCUAUCUGCAUAUAUUUAUGCAACACAUCAACUCCAUUCACCACAUGGAUUUGUCGUUGGACUUAUUGGUACACUUACGCCUUACUAUAUAUCCCAGUUUUACUCUUAUGUUAUGAUGAGCAUCAUUGAUGCUACUUUCCUCUGUUAUGCUAUUGAUUUAGAUACCGGCACUGUACAUUUCUCAGCUGCUCAUAACGCAUUCUCAGGGUAUGAUUAAGUUGUCUAUGAGCCUAUUAUUCUUUAUUAUAUAUCCAUUCAUUUUAUUUC